CACGAAGAAUAAUACACAUCUGCAUGCGCUCGAACCAAUUAUCGAAGCACUUAUUCCACUCGUUUGCUGGCAGAUCCAAAACAGCAUUUUUGAAUGCGUCAACUGCUUCUUCUGGUGUCUGGAAUCUUUGACCACGCAGUCUGUUUUCAAUUUUUGGGAAAGUAAAGAAAUCGUUAGGACUUAUAUCGGGACUAUAUGGAGGAUGGUACAAUAAUUCCACGUUUUCUUCCGUUAAAUACUGCCUUGUUUUUUGUCUUGGUGGAGGAUGAUUCUUCUUUCGGGGUUGAUUUUUCGAAGCUCGGUGAUGACUUUUGGCAAACAAAUGGUGGUAUACCAAUCCACAGUAACAGUUCUUUGGUCAUUAAGAGGAAUUGUUGCAAUAUGACCCGCUUUUGACCAAAUGUCGCGACCAUCUUUUUCGAAACACUUCGAGAACGGAUGACAUU